AAAGCACAACCCCCCUCAAAUGUCCACUUAUGUCUUUACAAAAACAAAAAAACUCUUCUAUUUUCAAGCAAGAAUUUUAUCUAUUCACACCGUUAAAUCGUAAAGGAACUUUGAACUGAGCUCAAUUUUGCCAGACGGGCUGAGGCCUGACUGCCACGAAGCAUAUAGAAUCUAGAAAUUAUUUAAGUAGAACCUGUCUGCCAACACGAAGGAGGCUAAAAGACCCCAAAAAAGCAACACAUUGUACCACCAUCUAAGAAAUAAAAUCAACAGUCGGGAAAAAAAACACAUAUGUAUAUAUAUAUACAUAGAUAUAUGUACACGCGUACGCAGUCUUGUACUGCGGUCAACAAUGCAGAGUGGCAAACGUGAUGUAAAGAUUAGAAAGAUUAAAGUGCUCAGCAGCAAAUUUAAUUUAAAAAAACAAAGCAAUGGACGUUUCAACAAAACCAAGGUAGUAUGUACGUAUUGCAACAAUGAAUUAUUCUUCCGCCAAAGCACAACUAGCUAGUUAACAUUUCUAAAUUAACAUUUAAAACAAAAUUACUUCUUUUAAACCCAACAUGAAAACCUGAAAAACUAAACUUAAAAUUCAAGCAAAGUGACUAAUCGUGAUUAAUUGCUGCUUUUUGGGAUUAUUAAUCUGAAUAAAAAGUCUUCUUAUAUCUUGUAAAUUUAUGCAUAGCUAUUGUUUCUACAAAAGAGGAAGACAAGGUUGAAUUGUUUAAAAGUGUUUGUGUGUUUGGUUCAAUACUAUGUUGGGACAGGACAAAAACUGUACUAUGGAAGAGUCUCAAAGGUAAAACUACAGCUGACAAAAAACAACACAAACGGACCAUCUGACACGAAAACAACUGAUGAUCCUCAAGGCUGUUGGAGGGAAGAAACCAAGGAGGAACCAUUGUGACUAUAAGCAGAUUGGGUUGGAUUGUGCAGAAGGACAAUGAUCCAAAUCACACCAGCAGGUUUACCUCCACAAGGCAAAAUUAAUAUUUUGGACUGGCCUAGUCAAAGUUUGAACUUUAGCACCCUAAAUGUGGCUAAAUUAGAAAGAAUCUACAAAAAAGAUUUGGCUGAAGUUCCUCAACAGCGAUGUAAAAGAGUAAUUUCCAGUCAUCGGAAAGGGUGGAUGACAGCUGCUGCUGCCAAUGGUGGCACAAAGUUAUGUUUCAGUGUGUAUUACUUUUUACACAAAACCUUUUUUCCUCAUCAGUAAAUGAAAUCUGUCACUUGAAAACUACUUUUCAUUUGAUAUUAAGAUUUGUUUGAGGAUGUGAAAUAGUUCAGUAUGACAGAAAAGCAAAUCCGUUUUUCAACAGCCUGCAUAUUUACUGUAAUAAGGCAAAGAUCGGGGGCAAAAAGGGUGACAGGAAAACAAGCUGGCCUUGAAGUUUUAUCUCUGCAGCGCUCCAGCUCUGCUUUGACAAAGGUUUAUUGAUAGCAAUAGAGACAAAGCAAAAAGAAAUGAGUGUAUACAGAGAGAGGAAAUGUCUCAUUGUAUCACACAGCGCUAGGCACACACAGUACCUUUGGGUUUAUAGCUACGGAAACACGCACAGCGUUCACACCGCCAGAGAGAGAGAGAGAGAACCAGGACCGGAAGGAAACGAGGACCGACACACAAAGACGUAGAGACGGAGGGGAAAACGGCAGAUGAGGGUCAACGGGGCUUUCCAUUGUGUAGGAUCAGAAAAAAGUAGGGAGGGAAAAGAAAUCUGCUGCCAAAGCCAGAUCUUACAUGACAGAUAGAGGAGCGAGUGAGAGAGACGCAGAGUUUCACUAGAGACGGUGGCUGGAAACCCAAAGCUUGAACUUCUACACAUAAGAGGAAGACUGUAAUCAAAUGUGCUACUGAUGGCAAAUAUAACCUGUGAAGUCAAGAAGAACAAGAGUAAAGAUGGACAUUGUUGUGAUCAAUGUCCUGCAGGAAUGUUCGUAGCAGAAGAUUGUACCGCCACAGAAAACACAAAGUGUGAGUCUUGUCCCGAAGGGUCUUACACAGAGCACCCGAACUACCUGAAGAAAUGCAUUGGCUGUAAUUCCUGCGUUGAAAAUAGUCAAAUAAAGACCAACUGCACAGAUCAGAAGAACACUGUUUGUGAGUGUAAGCCAGGUUUCUUCUCCACCCAAGAAGACGUUGAUCACUGCAAGGCCUGGACUAAAUGCUCUGUGGGUUAUGGAGUUAAAAAUAAACCUACUUCUACAAAUGACACAGUCUGCACUCCGUGUGAGAAAGGAACGUACAGCAACGUCACAGAUUUCUCCUCACCUUGUCAACCGCAUUUCAGGUGUGAAGCCUACGGACUACAGGUGAAAACUCCAGGAACCAAAACAACGAAUGCCAUCUGUCAAGAAUGUAAAUCUCAGUGUUGCUGGAUCCUGCCGGCAUCCCUGUGGGCCGGACUUGUUUUGACUAUUUUGGUCGUGGCGGCGCUCAUCUUCUGGAGAGCAAAGCGCAGAUCCUAUAGACCAGUCAAACACAGUGUUCCUGUUACCAUGGUGACGGUUGUUGCCGAACCGGUCCUCGCUCCACCAGAGCUGCUGUCUCACUGCCAAGAGAGCUGCACAGACUGCAAACAAUCCCCUUUUAACUCAGAUGACGGUUCGAUCAUUCGCAGCAUAUCGGACAGCCUGGACCUGAGUACUCCCAUGACUCCGCUGAAGCCCUCCGUCUCCUUCAUUGAACCCGAACAAACCAACUGCAGCUCAAUAUACCCCAUCAGCAGCGCCUUCUGCAGGUCGUACUCGGAGCCCCAGGAGGACGAGUGGUGUGGGACAUAAAAAAAAAUAAAAUAAAAUACAAGAGUGGGACACUGACGGAGCCACUGCUGGCUCAGUGAUAUAUUUCAAGUGCUGUUUGUAAACCUUGAGAAGAUUUUACGCUCAGCAAAGUUUAGUAUGGCUGAUAGUUUGCUGCCACCUGCAGGACUAUAGUGGGAACUUCAGUUUGUGCAAAGAAAAAUUCUCCCAAGUGAAAACAGCAGAUUUUGCUUCGUAAGAGGGAUUAAGCUCCACAUAACAGGGAAAAAACCCUGAUAAUUACAGUUUUUUUUUUAAAAAAACAACACUGUCUGGAAUAGACUAUCUAGAUCUUUGCCAUGGGCUUUAUUGUUUUUCAAACAUUCUCCUUCAUACAAUCCCAAACAGACUGAACUGUAAUUACAUAUCAGCACUUGAUGGAAUGAGAAACAGAGGUGUGAACAUGCACGAGGCACUAAAUGAAGUUUGUUUUACUUUUCAUAUGAUGUGUUACUGUAACAAUACGAUUUUGUUCACAAUUCAGCCAAGAGGCUGUGAAACAGCGAAAACGGGGUUAAUCACAGCUCACCUAAAUAUUAUGAUUAACAGUAAGCAGUACAGAGGCUGCGUCUUGUGUGUUAAAUCUGAUGCAUUUUUUACAGAAAUAAAUGAGAUUAAUCUUUGUUACAAAACUCCAGGAAGUUAAUUUUUCAAAUUAAUGAAAACAUCUUCCUAUUUCUGAUUAUGAAUUCUGAUGAGUUCAUGAUGAAAACUUGGACUCACUGACAGAUUAACAACAUUUUCAGACAUUCUAGAUGGUUCUGUUGAACAGUUAGAAGCAGCCAAUAUCUUACCUCAGACAAAUAUAUUUAAUGGCUUUUUCAUUUCAUACAAACCCAGAUUUUGUUGGUCCUGGAAGAUGUAGCUAAUGGCUCAUCUAAGAAAGGAAGAAGUGAACUUCAAUCACCUUAAAACAAAUCCAACUUUGAAAACUUUAUAGUGAAGUUUACGGCUUGUGGGUCACGCAUUAAGAUGUGUCGCCUGCACAAAAAUCUAAAAUAGCAUCUUUUAUUUUGGAAAACCAGUUUUUAUUUUGAUAUUUCUGAUUUUGUAAACUUAAUGGCCGCCUGUGUUUAGUGUGAAAAUAAUAAAAAUC